UCUGUGCAAAUCUACACCACUCUUAUAGUUCAUUUUUUAAUAUUCUUUGGACCACACUAAAUAUAAAAGUUAUAGAGGUAAACUCUCUUCACUACCAAAGUUUCUCCAAUGGCUACUCUCUUUCUCUACUCUAACACAUUUUCCUUCUUCUUUAUUACACUCGUGUCGUUAGCUCUUCUAAUUCUCCGGCAACCCUCUAGGGCGGCGAGUUGUACAGCUCGGCCGGUGAUUUUUAACUUUGGAGAUUCUAAUUCAGAUACAGGAGGACUUGUUGCUGGACUUGGUUACCCCAUUGGCUUCCCAAAUGGACGCUUAUUUUUCCGGCGAUCUACCGGUCGUUUGUCCGACGGACGUCUUCUCAUCGAUUUCCUAUGUCAGAGUUUGAAUACAAGUCUUUUGAGGCCAUACUUAGAUUCAUUGGGUAGAACAAGGUUUCAAAAUGGUGCAAAUUUUGCAAUUGCUGGAUCCCCAACUCUUCCCAAAAACGUCCCUUUCUCGCUUAACAUUCAGGUCAAGCAGUUCAGCCAUUUCAAAUCCCGAUCACUCGAGCUCGCUUCUAGUUCAAAUUCAUUAAAGGGCAUGUUCAUAAGCAACAAUGGAUUCAAAAACGCGUUGUACAUGAUCGAUAUUGGACAGAACGACAUUGCGCGUUCAUUCGCUAGAGGCAACUCGUAUUCUCAGACGGUUAAGUUGAUUCCACAAAUUAUUACGGAAAUAAAAAGCAGCAUAAAGAGAUUGUAUGAUGAAGGAGGAAGGAGAUUCUGGAUUCACAACACUGGUCCAUUGGGUUGUCUACCUCAAAAACUUUCUAUGGUUAAGAGCAAAGAUCUCGACCAGCACGGUUGCUUAGUCAGUUACAACUCGGCAGCAACUCUGUUUAACCAAGGAUUGGAUCAUAUGUGUGAGGAGCUGAGGACCGAACUACGAGAUGCCACCAUAAUCUAUAUUGACAUAUACGCUAUCAAAUACAGUCUUAUUGCAAACUCCAACCAAUACGGUUAAGUAGAGUUACUAUUUACCCGUACCAUUAGUAGAUAAAUGAGAUGGUUAUAUCUUAACUUUACUUAGCUCAAUACAGGUUUUAAGAGUCCGUUGAUGGCGUGUUGUGGAUACGGAGGGACUCCAUACAACUACAAUGUGAAGAUAACAUGUGGGCACAAAGGCUCUAAUGUAUGUGAGGAAGGGUCGCGUUUCAUAAGCUGGGAUGGGAUUCAUUACACCGAGACAGCUAAUGCCAUUGUAGCCAUGAAAGUUCUUUCAAUGCAUUACUCUAAGCCACCAACUCCGUUCCAUUUCUUCUGCCGUCGCUAAGAACCAAAUUUAUUAUUCUUUUGCUUAUUUCUAACUUGGACGAUUUUUUUUAAUAGUAAAACUUUCUAGUUGUAAUCAAAUCACUAGGGAAAUAAUAGAAGAGUGUGUUGUAAUAGUUUCUUAUACAACUGUUAUAAUUUGUACCAUUAUGAAAAAAACCUAUCUCCGAUUUGCUGA